UUCAUGAUGGAGGAGUCUACUCCUCUCAGUCAGGCACAGGUGUCUGGCCGGCGGUUAGGAAAGAAAAGUCUAGACAGCGCACAGGGUGAUGACAGAGCAAAGGGAGUCACUGGUGGAUGAUUUUAGUUAUCAAACCGCUAAGACUUAUGAGAAAAGAGGAUUAAUCAUAAAGGGCGUAAGGUUGGAUCUGAAAGAGGUGGGGAGAGAGUUUGACCCCUCAGGAUCUCAGUCAACCCCUAUGACCUCAGAGGGGUGUGGCAUUCAGGCAUCAUCUUUCUUUCAUUCACUCUCCUAACCCCACAUGCAUGCUUAAAAGAGACUCAGAGACAGGCACUGGCUUCCAGUCGUGGUUGUGUGAGUCAUUCAUCCAGGGUAGAAGUGAGAUCUCUGGCUAGUAAAAAAGAGAUUGAACUGAGGAAGCAAGUUCAACUUUUGAGAAAGAGGAGGCUGAAGAAAACAAGACAGAUAUGCCAAAGAACGUGGUGCUGGAUGGGCCAGCCCCUUGGGGAUUUCGGCUUUCAGGAGGCAAAGAUUUUAACCAGCCGCUGACCAUAACUCGGGUGACACCAGGCAGUAAGGCAUCUCGGGUCAACCUGUGUCCAGGAGACAUCAUCCUGGCCAUCCAGGGAGCGUCCACUGACAGUAUGACUCACGCUGAGGCUCAGAACAAGAUCAAAGCCUCCAACAAUCAGCUUUUCCUCAAGAUAGAGAGGCCAGAAACUAAAUUGUGGUCACCUCUGGUUAUAGAAGAAGGGAAAGUGAACCCAUUCAAAAUCAAUUUGGAGGCAAAGAAGCAAGAGUGUAUACCUAUUGGCACAGGUCACAACAGAAGAGCACAGCCUUUUGUGGCUGCUGCCAGUCUGGAUGACAAAACGCAGGUGGUGAGCUCCACCUACAACACUCCCAUAGGACUCUACUCUCAAGAUAACAUCCAGGACGCCCUGAAAGGACAGAUCCGGGGACUGGUGCAUGAAAAGCCUGAGGGCCCUAAAUCCCUGAAGUCUAUUGAAGACUCUCAUGUGUACCGUAUGCUCCAGGAGAACCAAGAGCAGCCACAUCAACCACGUCAGUCUGGAUCUUUCAAGGCCCUGCAAGACUAUGUGGAGAGUGACGGCACAAGGCCCAUGGUGACUAGAAGUGUAAAAGCCCCAGUGACAAAAACCCAAGCCAGCACAUCCUCACUGCAGAAGCUGCCUCUCUGUGAUAAAUGUGGCAAUGGCAUUGUUGGACCGGUGGUGAAAGCUCGGGACAAGUACCGCCAUCCAGCCUGUUUCGUGUGCUCAGACUGUGGCUUGAAUUUGAAGCAGAAGGGCUACUUUUACGUGGAGGGACAGAUGUACUGUGAAGCCCAUGCUCGAAUGCGAAUGAACCCACCUAAGGGACAUGAUCUAGUUACUGUAUAUCCUACUGCUUAGAGGGAUGGACAGUCGAAAAUAGACAACUUGUAUUGUUUGCGUUUAUUGCUUCUUGAUAUUCCAUUAUUAAUUUCUUCAUUUUAGUUUAUAAAGGGAAAUACAAUGCCAAUUUAAAUUCAUAAACACCUGGUAUUAACACAUUUUUAGUGAUCGAAUCAUUACUACAUUACUGUUUACACCUGGUUUUUAGCAUGCAUUAGGCAUUGCUUCACUGUGGUUCAGGAUGGAUUGAUUUAAAUGCAAUGUGGUCGCGUGUUUCUGACUACCCCAGUAUGGUUCACUGAUACAAUUUAAAAACAUUUUAAAACCCACAAAGCACUCUGAGCACUGAAAACCUGUGAUCUGAUCACAAAAAAACGGACGUUAAUGCCAGGUGUAAAAGGGAUUUAUAAUCUCAAAACUCUUUCUUAAGGCCUUAAUCUAGUUCUUGUUGCAAAGUUGUUCGUCAACUCAUUUCUCAGAUAUUAGCCUUCUGUACAGAGAAAAUCCUAAAUUUAGACACAAACUAAUCCCUUUAGGUUUCAGUUAUUCUCAAAAUAUGAAAGAAGGGGAAUUUUGUUUUUAAUAGAAUUUAAAUAUGCCAUCAUCUAUGAAUUGUACAAAGUAUUUGGUAAUACUUUGCAAUCGAUGCAAUCGGUUUCCCAGUACAAUAAUUUUUUUUCUCUUUGUUUAUAUUAUUUCUAUGAAUAUUAUUGUUUUUUUGUUUUUUUUUCUUCAAUUCUCAUGUUUCUAAAUGAACCUAAAGUCAUAGUUCAAACUAAAUAGAAAACUCUGUUGUCAUAUGCUCAACUAUCCCUUUAAGGCCACUUUUACAUACAGUUGUAUAAAAGGUUUUAACCAUAACAAAAAAGAGAAUGACAUAAAUGCGGUAAAAACUUGGCCAACACCUUGCUGGUUAAACACAAUAUGUAUUUUUAAUGCUUAACUAAAAACUGGUUUUAGACAAAGGUGUUCUUUUCAUUUUUUUUCUGGUGUAGUAUUAAGUAUAAUAUAUCUUAAAAGAGUUUAUCUUUAUCCAUUAAGAGAAUUAUAUAAAUUCAAUUAAAAAUUGCAACUCUUUGAUCUAAAAAACCAAUAUAUAACAUUAAUUUAUUCACCUGAAGACAUCACAAGUUCUCAAUAUGCCAUCACAGAGGGGAUUCGAUUAUAGUUUGUGGAACUCACAGCCCUGUAAAAUAAAGAAAGUCACAUUACUGUGAACCUGCAGUGUCUUUGCCUGUAGAACAUAUUGAGCAACUGAUAUUACUGAUUAUUGUGCAAACAUUAAGCACUGUUUGGAGUGUAAUAUGAGUCUUGGUGCUAGUUCCUGGAGCCCAGCUUACUUUUUGAUGUUGAGACUGAUGAUGAUCUUGACAGGUGUGCUCUUUAGACCAGGGGAGAGGUGAAAUAUUUUGACUUCCUUAUUCGUCAUUGCUGAAUUGGUCUUUUUGGUACCAUGGGGUUCUGCAAAGUAGGUGGGGUAGCAACCAAAUGUUCCUGCUUUCAUGCCUCCAGUCUGCACAAAAAAGA